AUGAAGAACCUCUGUUACACUAUCUACCCACAAAAUGUGGGGUCAAGCCAGAAUGAAGGGGAAAAGCAGGAGCUGGGGAAAUACUCCAGAAGAGAAGUGGCAUCCCCGUUCUCCACUAGAGACCAGAAGGAACUGGUGCCCACUAGGCUUCCCCCUAUUAUCCCAGAAGAUGGGAAUUAUUCUGUGCACCAGAAUAGCCACAAAAGGUACCACGAAGCUGUAAAGAAGGUGUUGUUAAAGACAUUCCCCAAUCAGGUCUUCAGAGUCCCCUUGACUGAUGCUCAGAACUUCAGCUUCUGGCGGUCCCAUGAUCCAGGAGUGCGCCCAGAGGAAACCAUGCCAUGGAUCCGAAGCCCCCGCCACGGCCUCAUCAGAAGCCCAAUGACCAGGUUCAUGGAUCACUCUGUUCUCAGUGACAGAAACUUCAGUCUGUAUUGAGCAGGAUGUGUUUGCAGAAGAGCAAGAUGGACCAUGGAAACAGGGCAAAGAAAGAGAAAGUGGGAGAAGGUGUCCUGGUUCCACUGACUGACUAAUGAGAGGAGGGGAUCGCAAAAGCAGAGUAAACAGAUUGGACUAGAAGUCACUUGUGUGUGCUGGAAGUGAAGCAGAGGGAAAUUAUUCCAAAGCCCAAAUUCCUGUGAAAUCAGAUGUAUGGGGGCCAGAAUGUGGUGUUUGGUUUGGGAAGGGGCCAGGGUACAGAAAAGACCACCAAGGGGGUCUUGACCUCAUGAAUGGCAGGUGUCAGAGUAACAAGUCUGGGAAGACACACACUGGUUCUCAUGAUGCUGAAGGGUCUAGAGUAGUCAUGCUCUCUGAAGACUGCAGCUUCACCUUGGCAGCGAGAAAACCAGAAGAAGCCCUCUAACCACAGAGGAAAGAGGCUCAGAGCCCUCCAGCAGGAGGCUGCCUCCUAUACCCAGCUCUGCCACUUCUGACCCAACCCAGGGCCCAGAACAU